AUGCAGUUUCAACCAGAUACAAAUGCAUUAGAUAUCAAUGAGUUCCUGGACAUGGUCCCAGUUGGCUCAGAUGAGCAUUCUUGUGAAGAUUCUGGCAGUAAUAAGAUUUCAGCUGUUGAAAGUGAAACUAAGUGCAUUUAUACUAUAGAGGGUGUUGCCAUUAAGGACAGCGGAUCAUGUAGCGACUCUGAUGCAGAAGUGGUCCAAGGACAGCUUGAGCCAGGCUUUUGUGUUGGUGAGUUGCUUGAGGAGAAUGUUGAUUUUUCUGCUGGCGAUCAUAUCUACAGUUUGUUCAACAUUGAAGAACCAAGCAAUCAGAGCAAUGUAGUCGGCAGUGACGAUACUUUUGGAACGGGCAUUAAAAGGAGGACUCGGCAGCCCCAAAAUCAAUUACAUGCCCAAAACUUUGAAACUCAGGGAACUGCUAUGAGACGAAUUUGUUGGAUGAAAAAGUUACCAAGAAGUGUACUACAACAGAUGAGACGCAAGAUAUAUUCACUCCUGAAUCAAAGCAAAGAUGGUGCAGAACUUCCUCAGGAUUUGAGUACGACUGUGGAUUCAAAAGAAGAUUUUCCUAUAGGUUGCCAUAAAAAGCUAUUUUGUGUUGGUUGCUGCUCAGCUGGUCUUUCAUCAGGAGGCACUGUUCACGUGAACAGCUGGGCUGCUGCUGCGGAUGGGCUCUUCCAGCUGAUCCUUGCUGGUUUUUGGCUGAAUCUCAGAUGGUCUUUGGCUGGGAUUUUAGCUGGUUUUCUGAUGGUCUCUCAGCUGCCAUAUCAGCUGGAAUUUAUUAUUCUUUUUGUGCCUGCUGCUGAAUCAUGUUCUGAUGACAUUUUCGGGCAUUCUUUUUUGCUUGCUGCUACUUGUUUCCUGCUUUCCUACACUGUUCACGUGUGCUGUUCAUGUGACUGUACACGUGAACAGUCCAGCUGCUGCCAUGCUGAUUUUAUGUGUUUUCCAGCUGAUUUUUCUGCUCUUUCAGCUAGAUUAUCAGCUGGUCUUUUUGUCCCUUUGCGCCUUUCAGCUGGCCAUUAUGCUCUUUUGGGUAGGCAUUGA